UUCACUGGCGUAACAGAAAGGAUAUUUGAAGCCACUGCGCUCUCUGGUCUAUUCUCAAUCAGACGGGCAGUCGGUGGGGGCACGUCUGAUUAGAAAUCUACUUUUUAGGGACUCAAUUGACACAUUAAAGGAUUACUACGCAAGUGACCAAAUAAGGGAACGUGUAGCCUACUCUACACUUUGACCAAUAAUUAUUUAUUAUACGAGGUUCCAUACUUUGGAUGAGUAUGCUCUUUUUUUUCCAUUAUUGUGCAAGAGCCUUUAAACAACUUUAAAGGUUUGUGUUUUCUCUGUUUAUAAAACGUUUCUAAGGUUUUCUAAUAACCUCCGUUUUAGAAAACCUGUCAUCGCAAGGAAAAACGUUCGAUACACAAGUCGCUGCCACACAGCGGGAAUAAGGACAAAAGCAUCUGUACCAACAACACAGGCGGUGUUGCCGCCACACUUCAAAGCGAAAUAACCUGUUAAAUGUGUCAAUGACUUUCAUACAUAUUCUGCUUUGGCUAAGUGAACAGACAUCCUGAGCAAGAACCAACGAAAACUAAUUUGAACUAUUAUGCAUACAUAGCUAAUUUGUAACUGUUUAAAUUAAAGACUCCCUUGAACCACUACGCUAUUUAUUUUAGAAAGGAAGAAUAACUUUUGUCUGAAGCUCUCCAACCUCUGGUUUCCUCUACACCGCAUGUGUUUUUGCUGAGUUUACUGCACAUAUCGUGUUUCUUGACAAGCAAAGCACUACACACGAAGCUGGAGUUACCAUACCAUUGUUCUGUUUUGAAGAGCGGACCCCUUUGUCUUCCACGGCCAAGAUGAGUGUGAACAUCUCCUCUCCCGCCCCGGCGCCUACUCGUCCCCUGCGGCUGAAGCGGCUGGAGCUGGACGACCCUCAGGAUGACACGGAAGCCCUGAAAUGCAAGCGUCCUCGGCUGAGCCUUCCACCCUCGUCCCCUGGCCUGGCCCCCUGCCUAAGGCCCCUGAGCCACAGCCCAGACUCCGACCAGCACUGUGUGUCCUGCAUUGGGCCCUACGUCCUGCUAGAACCCACCGAGGGGACAGAGACCUACAGGGCCUUCCACAGGGUUACGGAGCAGGAGUACAUCUGCAAGGUGUUCUCUAUGAGGCGGUACCAGGAGUUCACCGCCCCCUACGUCCGCCUGCUGCCCCACGACAACAUUUGCCGCAUCGCCGAGGUGAUAACAGGCGAGCAAAGCGUCUUUGUCUUCUUUCAGCGCAACUACGGCGACAUGCACUCGUACGUGCGCACAUGCAAGCGGCUCCAGGAGGAAGAGGCGGUGCUUCUCUUCCGCCAGAUGGCGGUGGCGGUGACACACUGUCACAAGCAUGGGGUGGUCCUGCGCGACCUCAAGCUGCGCAAGUUUGUCUUCGUAGACCAGCAGAGGACCAAACUUGUUCUUCAGAACCUGGAAGACUCCUGUCUGCUCCACGGGGACGACGACUCUCUUACGGACAAGCACGGCUGCCCGGCCUACGUGGGCCCAGAGAUCCUCAACUCGCACCACUCGUACUCAGGGAAGGCUGCUGAUGUCUGGAGCCUGGGCGUGGUGCUCUACACCAUGCUGGUGGGUCGCUACCCGUUCCAGGAUGUGGAACCUGCCGCUCUCUUUAGUAAGAUCCGCCGGGGGACCUUCACAGUGCCAGAGUCGCUCUCGGUGCGGGCUAAGUCGCUGGUGUGCUGCAUGCUGCGUAAAGCACCCUUGGAGAGACUGGAGGCCUCAGAAUUGCUGCUCCACCCGUGGCUGAACUGUUCCAAUAACACAACACCUCCCAACAUGCACCUCAACCCCAGGAACUGCACUGACCAAGUGGUCCCCAACUACACAGAAGAUACUAAGGACACAGGCUGUUUCUAGAAUAAAAAUAAAAAUGUCCUCUGUCCCAGUGAUGCAAGUAGAGCAGUAUCAUCUCCAUAGAGGGACUACUGGUAAUGCAGGGUUUUUUCCUACCUACCUGACACUUAAGAAACAUAACAUAGUCACAUGGCAUUACAUAUUUCCAAAGUAAACCUCUUAUGCUAAUGUCUAACUGCAGUUUGGUAUCAAAGCAGUCAAGCUUUGUUAAUCUGUUGUUAGACAUUAGCAUGUAUAGAUGUUGAAGUUGUGCUUUUGAAGAAGUUGUGAACGUGUUAUGCAGGGCCCUUAAUCCAAAUUGUUACCAAAUGUAUUAUAUAGUUCGGUGUCAUGAAGCAUGUAUUUGUUUAGGUAGUGACAUUGCGGUUACGCAAAGCAGUAACUACUAACUACUGGAUCUCCUGGCAACGUGUAACAGACGCCUCCUUCGAGUUAGAUGUAUAUCUGCUUGUCAAGGGUCCAAUGCAGUUAUUUCCACACUGCAGUGUAACCUCAAGAAAAGCGCUUUUCAAAAGCUACCCAACUAUUGUGCUUUAACCAAUGGACAUUGUUUUGUUGACUCAAUGGGAAUAACAGGUGAAAACAGUCCUCGGGAUCCCUUGCCCCAUAUAGAAGCAGACUGUCUAGCAGUAUUCCCUUUUUGCUGGAAGCAGUAAUUUGACCCAUUUUUGAUUGUGAGCAACUCUGUUGGGACACUAAAUUGAAGCUGUAUACUGAACAAAAAUGUAAACACAACAAUUUCAAAGAUUUUACUGAGUUACAGUUCAUAGAAGGAAAUCAGUCAACUGAAAUAAUUUAAUUUGUCCCUAAUCUAUGGAUUUCACAUGACUGGGCAGGGGCGCAGGAGGAGCCCACUGCAGAGCCAGGCCUAGCCAAUCAGAAUGAGGUUUUCUCCACAAAAGAGCUUAAUUACAGACAGAAAUAGUUCUCAGCACCCCCUCCCCCCUCAGACGAUUCCGCAGGUGAAGAAGCCGGAUGUGGCGGUCGUGGGCUGGCGUGGUUACAUGAGGUCUGCGGUUCUGAGGCCGGUUAGACGUACUGCCAAAUGUUCUAAAAUUACUUUGGAGGCGGCUUAUGAUAGAGAAAUUAACAUUUUAUCUCUGGCAACAGCUCUGUUGGACAUUUCUUCAGUCAGCAUGCAAAUUGUACAUCUGUGGCGUUGUGUGACAAAACUACAUUGUAUUGUCCUCAGCAGCAGGUGCACCUGUGUUAUCAUCAUGCUGUUUAAUCAGCUUCUUGAUAUGAAACACAGGAGAAAUGCUCACCAACAGGAAUGUAAACAAAUUUGUGCACAAGAUUUGAGAAAAGCAUUUUGUCUUAUGGAAAAUGUCUGGGAUCUUUUAUUUCAGCUCAUGAACUGUAACCUUUAUUUAACUAGGCAAGUCAAUUAAGAACAAAUUGUUAUUUACAAUGACAGCUGACCCCGGCCAAACCAGGACGAUGCUGGGCCAAUUGUGCACAUGAAACAUGUGAUCUUCUUUACAUGUUGCGUUUUUAUUUUUGUUCAGUAUAUAUCUGACAGGAUUGAUACCUGAUGCCUCUGAACUUGACAAAAUCCUAGAAUACUUGAAGCACGUUUUGUGCCUUUGUUUGUGUGUACUGUUGUUUACAUAUUUGAGUGACAAAUCUGGAUCGUUUCAACCAUUAAAGUGCCUUGUUUUCAUAA